CACCCUCAACGUGCAUUCACGACUACGGCAGAUUCAAAUCAGGUAUGGAUGCGAAUUAUUCGCCAUCCGCCGUCAGCAUGCUCGCAGAACAUCUUAUGCGAAGCUUGACUGGCCUACGAGCUGGCAAGGAGGAUCAUGCAUGCGGCUCGGCCUCGCGCGUGGCACUGUGAUAUUAUGCUGCAGCCCCAUGGGUAAGUGUCCUCUCGUCUCCUCGAGCCCGACGAAGAUCAAAAUGUGGCUUCUCCACGUUCGUACCCGCGAGCUAGUCCACUUCAUGGAUGACCGGAGCGUGAUUGGCAAGUAUGCAAUUUUGUCACACACCUGGGAAGAUGAGGAAGUCUCCUUCACGAAUAUUAAGACUUCCGAGGCCCAUGAUAUGAUGGGAUACCGCAAGAUCGACUACACCUGUCGCCAAGCAGAAGCUGAUGAUCUCGAAUACGUUUGGGUCGAUACUUGCUGUAUCAACAAAGACAGCUCGGCGGAGCUCUCGGAGAGCAUCAAUUCCAUGUACCGGUGGUACUACAAUGCAAAGAUCUGCUAUGCAUAGAUUUCGAGUCCGAGUCCCUGAUGC